UUCAAUUUCAAUAUCCUUCUGCAAGGGAGAGGGGGAAAUUUUUAUUUUUUCAGAGCCCGGUCUCCUUCACAUUUUCUCUCUGUUUCUUGCAAAACAUUCCUUAAAAAAGCCAUGGAAACAAUACAAGAGAUACUACCAUUCUCCAGUGCCAGUAUUGGGUCCUCCCUAUCACAACUAAUACUAACAGGAGGAAGAACCAACAAUUUGGACUCAAUUUUCUCUGAUUGUCCACCAUCAACAGCCACCAUUACUAGCCUUGUUUUUGAACCUUUGGGCUCCUCUGUUUAUCUCCGCCAGAGAGAUCUAUUAACAAAACUCUGCCAAGAAAACAAGUACUCAAACACAAUAUUACCCUCCACUUCUUCAACAACAAAUUCAAUCCUAAACUACCCAUCAAGGACAACAACCAGUUCCAUGGCUCGUCCUAAAGGGAAGCUGUACAGGGGAGUGAGGCAGAGGCAGUGGGGCAAAUGGGUUGCAGAGAUUAGGCUCCCACAGAACAGAAUGAGAGUCUGGCUAGGAACUUAUGAGACUGCAGAGGCUGCAGCUUAUGCUUACGAUCGUGCCGCGUAUAAACUUCGAGGUGAGUAUGCAAGAUUGAAUUUUCCAAACAUUAAGGACCCCAAAUUGUUGGGGUUUACAGAUAGUGCUAGAUUGAAUGUCCUGAAGAAUACAGUGGAUGACAAGAUCCAAACAAUAUGCCAGAAGGUGAGAAGGGAGAGGGCUAAAAAGCUUGCAAAGAAGAGGAAUUCUGAUAACAAUGUCAUCACCACUGGAAGUAACGAGAGAGUGGGAAAGGUUGAUUCUAGUUCGUCUUCGUCCUCUGUUUCGACUCUGGGGUUUGGUGAAAGUUGGGGGAGAGAGUGGGUUUCACCUACCAUCUCUGAAGAAUUGUUUUGGAAUUGUGAGAAUUCACCACCCUCUGUUUCCACAGAUUACCCAAUUAUGGUGCCAGAGGAGACCGAAUUAGAAGGGUGCUCGCUCGCAAAAAUGCCGUCUUUCGAUCCCGAGAUUGAGACAGACAUCGGCUUUGUCUCUGUUUUCUCUCUGUUUUUAGUGUAAAUAAUAGUGUUUGGAAGGUCAGUCUUGUUAAUUCCAUGUUAAAGAAUCCUUAUUAAAGUUAAUUAGGGUGGUUAAGUAUGGCCUUGGAGUUUUUGCAUGCAAGGCAAUUAAGGAUGUCUUCGCUUCCUUUCUUCACAAAUGGGUGUUAUGAGGGAAGCCAGUGGGACCUUUAUGUUAAGCAGUUAAUUGUUCUACUUUUUAGCCCAAGCAAUAAAAUUCAGUAUUUGC